AUGGCUCUUGGCGCCGGACCCGCGGCCGUGUUCCCAGCCGCCCCGAUGCUCAUGCUGCCCACGCUCAACUUCUCGGUGAGCCAGGUGGCUGCCGUGUGCGAGACGCUCGAAGAAAGCGGCGACGUCGAGCGGCUGGGCCGGUUCCUGUGGUCGCUGCCCGUGGCCCACCCCAACUGCGCCGAGCUGAACAAGAGCGAGGCCGUGCUGAGGGCGCGGGCGCUGGUCGCCUUCCACGCGGGCAACUUUCGGGAACUCUACCGGAUCCUCGAGGGCCACCGGUUCGCCAGGGGUUCGCACGCCAAGCUGCAGGCCAUGUGGCUCGAGGCCCACUACCAGGAGGCCGAGAAGCUGCGCGGCAGGCCCCUGGGACCCGUGGACAAAUACCGCGUGAGGAAGAAGUUCCCGUUGCCACGCACCAUAUGGGACGGCGAGCAGAAGACCCACUGCUUCAAGGAGAGGACCCGCUCGCUGCUCAGGGAGUGGUACCUCCAGGACCCGUACCCGAACCCGACCAAGAAGCGGGAACUGGCCCAGGCCACGGGUCUGACGCCCACCCAGGUCGGCAACUGGUUCAAGAACAGGCGGCAGAGGGACAGGGCAGCGGCGGCAAAGAACAGGUGA